AUGGCCGCUUCCACUCCUCAGGAACCUGUCAUAUUCCACAUUCCCAAGCUUCCGACCGAAUCUGUGGGAGACUUCGUCCCGUAUGUCUCGAAGCAUCCAGACACCCCUCCAACACAACUACUCGAACCUUACAAAGCUUUUGAAUCCGAGCUCCGAAAGAUUUACGCUCAAGAACCGACUCAUGAAGCUGUCUGCGCGCCCAAUGUCAAUCUCGUUCCCAUCUUCAAUGGGCAUGAGAAGGAAAUCACCGUCCGCGCUCGAUCCUUGGAGACUGAGUCCGAAGAGGAGAAAGCACAGUUCAUCAUGCCACUCGACCACAAGGAGCGGAAGAUGUCUGGCUCGCCCGCAGUAGUGACGAGCUUCAAGGAAUUUCAGAAGAACUUCAAUCUAUUCUCCGAAUCCUCUCUGAUUGAUCUCGACUGGGAUAAUGUGGUGGCCGCUGGAAGCUCCGUAACGACUUCUUUGCUCCCAGUUCCGGGGAAGUGGGCUGGCUCUAAGCGAAGUAUGCGGGAAUACUACCACGAAAACCUUGCACCAGCAAGCGACGUGGAUCUUUUUCUGUAUGGCAUGAAUGAAGAACAGGCUCUCGAGAAGAUCAAGCAGAUUGAACAGCGAGUCAAAGAUAGCAUUCUUCAUGAGGUGACAACAAUUCUCACCAAGAAUGCAAUCACUAUCGCCAGUCAAUAUCCUACUCGCCAUAUUCAAAUAGUUCUUCAAUUGUAUGACUCGGUCUCUCAGAUCAUUACAGGGUUCGAUGUCGACUGUAAGUACCAUUCCUAUCAUUUGUAUGAACCUUAUACAAGUGGCACAAUUUGUCUACUUUCUAGACAAAAUUAAACUAUUGCGAAUGGGCCAACUAACAGCUACCUAGGCGCAUGUGUGGCAUAUGAUGGAAAGCAAGUUUACGCCGCUCCCAGAGCCAUAGCUGCUUUCAUGACACAAUGCAAUACUAUUGAUCUCAGCCGUCGCUCGCCUUCCUAUGAGAAUCGACUUUCCAAGUACAGCCAUCGAGGAUUCGAGGUUCAUUGGCCUCUUUUGGACCGAACCAGAAUUGACCCAACCAUCUUUGAGCGUUCUUUUGGCCGUACUCAAGGAUUGGCUCGAUUGUUGAUCCUUGAGAAACUUCCCAAGGCUUCUGAUCGGGAUUCCUACAUGGCACAACGACGUGAAGAGCGUGGGAGACCAGCUCUGAAUCGUUGGCGCAAUCAGUUCAACAAUAGUGGUAAUCUCAAGGAGCAAGCAGAGGAUGAGGUGUCCGAUUGGUACGCUGUUUCUUACUAUCUUUUUCCCCUUGAAGCUUUUAGGGCAGUUAAAUGCUUUGAUAUAAGUUUCACGAAUACACGAAUAACUGGCUAUUUGCUACCCAUUUUUGCCCACCACGAGACGCUCUGAUUUCUCUCCCGAUACCUUAAAUCAUGAUUCAGUAUGGUAAUGCUAACUCCAAAUCUUUUGCAGGAUCUAACAACAAGAUGUGUCUUCAUAUCAUUCCAUGACAGUUCCUUAUGGUCCAAAGUAUGGGGCUGCCCGAAUUACCCGACUUCUAUAUGCAAAAGAUUUGUUGCUCAAUGCCGAGUGGAACCAAUCAAGAGAUAGAGAAGUUUAUCUUCACAGACAUCCCUGCUUCUUCACUGGCACCUCUUGCUCUGCAGAAGAUAUAUUACAAGAUUGUUGUGGUUAUUGUCCUAUUCCUCAGACUGAUGAGGAAAUUGAGGUCGCAGAGGAAGAGGGUAAAACCAAUGUUUCCGGAGCCCUUCAAUUCGUGAAAGACGACCCAGGACGUCAAGCAAUCGGAAGCUUCAAUCCAAUUACCGACGAUGAAUGGACAACCAUGGCUUACGUAGGGGAUACUGCCCGACUUUGCCAGGCGAUUGUGGAUCAUGAUAUAGAACAUGUUCAAGAUUGGCUUCAGCAAGAAGGUGUCGAUGUAAGGUUCUUCUUGGUUGUUUGUUUUUCAACUUCCGCUAACAGUUCAGGUCAAUCGAAGAGAUUUUGUUGGUCACACGCCCCUCCAUCUUGCUACCAUGACAUCAACUCCUGAAAUCGUGCAGCCUUUGAUAGAUCAUAAUGCGAGAAUUGUCGCAAGACUCCAAGACGGCAGAACAGCUUUGCAUAUCACAGCUUCUCAGGUAAAUGCUGAAAUGGUUAAAGCAUUGAUGGACAAGAGCUUAGAAAACGAGGUUGAGGAAGAUGAAAAAAGAGAGGCACGUUUGGACGCAAAGAAGGCCGAGCGUAGAGCUUUACGACAGCUCAACGGUGAUGAGGAAUCCAUUUCUACGUGGAUAUACUUAUUAUUCUCCCCCUGAGCCACCAAAGCCACAGCCUUAUAAGCCAUCUUUGUCUUUCCUCGUUCCAGAUCUAAAUACUUCGAAGAAGAUUGGGUAUAGUCGGCUUUUUGAAGCCGCUUGGGUCGGUGAUCUGGACAUGAUUAAAUCAUUGACACCUCCACCAUGGGCGUCAAAAGACGAGUCUGAUAUUUCUCCUCUUCAAAUCGCAGUCCGAGACUUCAAUGGCUUUAGCCCAUUUUCAAUUGCCGUGCUUCGGGGCCAUUUCGACCUGGCCAGGAAUAUAGUAUCUAUUGCCUUGGCGCAAUAUCACAAAGACGACAACAAAGAUCUUCGCCAGCGUUGGACCAUGAAUACAGAUGACAGUGAGGAUGAGGACUGCGACGACGAAAACGUUCUCCCAAUAUUCGCAGAGUUGAUCAACGACAGAUUUACCGUAGACAAUCUCGGAGAAGUUUCAACUGUUGUCAAGAGUACAGUGUUGCCAUCAGCGAUGAUGGAAUGGCCUUGCAGAGCGGGAAGAUUUGACGAUUCUGAAGUCAAGGAUUCGACCCACCAGCUUAGCCUUCUGCAGUAUGUUGUUGUCUCUGAUAACAUGCAAAUCCUGAAAUUCAUCAUCGACCUUGGCGCUGAAGAACAAGCAUUACUUGCAGAAGAACCUGAUGAUCAAAAAUGCUAUUCCAUGGACACUUCGAUAUUCGAACUUGCCAUUAAACUAGGUCGCACAUCGAUGAUCGCAGAAAUGAUCGAGGCCACUGGCGUUGGAAUUCCACUAACUAAAUUUGUUCAAAACAGUGGCGUUGAAGCAAAGUCUAAGCCCAAAUAUUAUCAGGGUCUCAGUGUGGGAGGCAAAAAACGUGCCGAUUGGGCUGAAGCACCUCAUAAUCAUUCUAGAGUCCAGGAGUACAACAAUAACCCAUUACUCGAGGCUGCUUCUCACAGAAGCCUUGAGUCUGUGGAGUGGUUCAUGAGCGAUGCACCUUUGUGACGAUACAAGGAAUUUGCGGCGAAGAACGAGAGUGACAAGAGAAUCAAAACUCUUCGCGAAUCCGAAAAGGGAUUUGAUCGUACUGUAGGAACAUUUUUGAAUGCCAAGAGUAAGUUCAAUUCAUUGAGAUUCAUAUAGAUGGGAAGCUGACAGGUUUAGGUGAACUUCUUUUACACUUUGCUGUGCUGUCGCGGUCAGACAAUGAGGCUGGCCUAAAUAGCAAUGUCGAGAACGACGAGAAGCACAUGGCUUUGAUCAAACAUAUUUUUUCUGUUGCCCCCGAGACCCUCGAGCAAAAGUCUUCUAAGGGUUAUACACCACUUCAGCUAGCUAUCCUUACCAACCGCAACAAGGUCGCUUCUUACCUCAUUUCUAUUGGCGCAAAUCAACGACAUCGCGAUCGAUCAGGCCGAAAUAUGCUUCAUAGUAUGGUAGCAACCCUCCACCAUCACAGAAAGAAUGCCGCAGGCUUGCAGAAUAUGAUAAGUCUCUUCAACGAGGAAGCUGUCGAAGAAAUGCUUGUUGAGCGUACGUCGCAGCCAGAAUCUGCCACACCUUUAGCAUAUUGGAUGCUACACAACGGACAAAGCUUCAUAAAGCCCGAAAUUAUCGCUGUGCUUGCCAAAUACUCGUCGGGCGAGGAUCUAACCAUGAUCAAUUCCGAGGGCGACCUCCCACUUCACUUUGUAAGUCUUAUUUGCCCUACUUGGGGUAUACGAUGAACUAACAUGAACCAGGCAAUCAAGAAAGGUCUCAGCAGCAUCACCUCAUUCCUCCUUUCCCAAAACUCAACACUGCUUUACCGCGAGAACUCCACCGGCCGCACGCCCCUCGAGAUGUCCCGAGAAAUCUACCACGCGUCAUGUGUCAAAGACCCCAUCUCCAUAUCCACCAGCCGUGCCGUUCGGACCUCACACCUAAAUAGCACAAUCCUUUCCCGCGCCCCUGCGACUUUCCUUCCGGAUUCUAAGGAACCGGAACCAGAGGAAAGCAAAAAACGCACAUUCGAAAUAUGUAUGGAAAUGGAUGAGAAGAUGGCUGCCGAGGGUGGUGAUAGAAAGAGGAGACUCGUUAGCCUGAAUGAGGCUAGCGAGGUUGCUAAGCGAGUUGGUUUGCGAAGUGGGGGUCGGCGAUAUGGCGGUUCUCAGGCGGUUAUCAAUGAUGGCUUGAUUGAUGGGGAGGGAGCGGAUGAUGUGGUUAGUAGUAAGUUGAUGAGUAUGAUGGGAGUUUAUGAGGAUUGGGUGGACUACUAGAAUUGGUGUCGCUUGUUUGUAUGAAGAGGGGGGAACGAGUUUCAUUUGUUGUCUUUGUGUUUGCUACCUAGGAAGAUUGAGGUAUGAGAGCUGGGUCUGACUAGCUAUAUUCCGGUACUGCUUUCUGAAGAGAUAUCUUUGCUUUCACUGUAGCUAAAUGAAUAUAUACGACAAAUGAGUAUGAUGAGUUUAUCCUAUUACACCUACAGUAUACGAAGGUCUACAGGACUGGAUGGGUGUUCACUUAUCGAAUUCUUUCUCCGCCAGGAUGCCAUAAACUGCUUGUAGUGAGGGACUAGAAUUUCUUUGGCAGAUCAAUCUUCUACGGAAAAUGGACAACGAAGGUAGGUAGUAUUUCUCGUCUAUGUAGUCACGUGAUGUAAAUAAGCGACUGUGCCCCUGGUUUCCUAGGUUAGGCUUGAGGCAUGUGGGAGCGAAGAUCAGCACUCCCCUUCUUCUCAACAACUAUCUUCAUCCUAUCUUUACCACUGGAUCCAAACCAAGAUUAAGUCCAGCUCCCGUGAGACGUAAAACGAAAUCCAUAUCAGUCCUCCAACUAGCAAAACUCCCCACGACAAAUCGCCCGGAAAUAUUAGCUGUGGUAAGAAUAGAGGCCGAUUUAUUUGAUGAUUCCUGUUUUCCCCGCAUUAUUACGACAGCUGAAAGCAGCAGCAGACAAUAGCAGAUAAUGCCAGCAAUCCCAGAAUUAUAGGGAUAGGCAGCUUCGAGGAAAGCCUCACUGAUACCUUUCAAGGGCUCGUGCUUAUCGCAUCACAAAGUCAAGGAUAUUGCAGCAGAUAUCGUUGGCAUCCUUUGUGGUACAAAGAUUGCCGUCGUCUGGACACUCGCCGUCAAAGUAGAAAACCCACAAUGGGGGCCUCCCAUCGACGUGCUCAAACAGCUCGUGCUACAGGUUCUUCGGCUAAUUGUUUGCUUGCUGGAGGAACAAUCCAUGACUCUGCGUGCAACAUGA